CCUGAUUUGUCGUGAUCUGAAUCAAUAAAACUCCAUAAAAGUGUAAUCAAUCUAAAUAUGGAGUAUGCAUCUAAUGCAAGAAGGCGUAAAAAAGCCAUCAAAAUAUCAAAUGGCGUUGAUUUUGCCCUAUAUCCACACCGCCUACAACUCUACACACUUCCUCCUGUAGAAAAUAUCACUCUCCAGGAAUUUGAAGAUUUUGCAGUUGAAAGAUUGAAAGUGCUCAAGGCAGUUGAGACCAUUGGGAUCCGACAUCUGAAGACCAGCACAGAGUAUGCUGAAAAUAUGGAGAAGGAACUUCGCAAUUUGAAUAUGAAAAGUUUACUCCGACCCAAAAAUGUGUCUGCAGAUAGUGAAGAUAUUGAUUUGGAAAAAGAAUUCAAUGAGAGAAGGAAGGAGCAUGUAUCUCAUUUCAUUCUUAGGCUUGCUUAUUCAAGAUCUGAAGAUUUGAAACGUUGGUUCCUGGCGCAAGAGAUUGAUCUGUUCAAGUACCGUUUCACACAGGAGACACUAGGUAGUGUCAAAGAGUUUUUGGAUGUCAAUAACCUUAAUUAUAGCCCUAUUCCGGACAAGGAGAAAAAUGAGAUGCGACAGUCACUGAUCGAUUCCACAUAUGAUAUGACAAGCUCAAAGCUCGAAACGACAGAUUAUUUUAAAGUCCCAUUCACUGAAGUGCUGGACUUGGUGAGGGGAAGGAAGGUGUUCCUCAACAAGGGCCAGGCCUAUGUUCCUAGGACAGAAUUGGCGUCAGUUAUCCAGAGUGUGUUCCGAACUAAUUUAUCUCACUCAUUGGCUGUUACUUCAAGAGCAUUGCCAAACCUUGAGGAAGAUGAACGUCUGAUCCCAAUGCUUAGUGGGUUGAGUAAAGCUUAUAUUGGUGAAGAUUAUUCAAAUAAAAAAACGCCUACGGGAGUGGUAACUGCCGAUAUGAUAGAUGAGCUGUCAAAGAAGUCAUUCCCACUGUGCAUGCAACAGCUUCACCAGGGUCUGAAGCAGAACCAUCACCUGAAGCACGGAGGCCGAAUGCAGUAUGGUCUCUUCCUCAAGGGCAUUGGCCUGUCACUGGAGGAGGCCAUGAAGUUCUGGAGGGCAGAAUUCUCACGGAACACGGGGAUGGAUAGCGACAAGUUUGAGAAACAGUAUGCCUACAAUAUUCGUCACAACUACGGUAAAGAGGGGAAGAGGGCUAAUUAUACUCCCUACAGCUGCAUGAAGAUCAUUAUGUCGAAUGCGCCCGGCCCUGGUGACAGUCACGGCUGUCCGUUCAGACACACAGACAGCAACAUGCUGCGUCAGAAACUCCAGGGAAUGAAGAUAUCAAAAGAUGGUGUAGAUCAGGUGAUCGACUUGGUGAAGGGCGGUCAUUACCAAGUGGCCUGUGCAAGGUACUUUGAGUUGACCCACAUAUCGGAAGAGCAAGGCCUUGGUAUAAACCAUCCCAACCAAUACUUUGAUGAAAGCCAGAGGAUUUUAAAGGGUGGAAAGCGAGAGGUUCAGAGUGUCCAAAUUGUUGGCACACCAAAGACUCCCCGACCCAGCCAGGGCUCACAGGGCCAACAUUCGACACAAAGUGCUCCCAAAACUGACCUGAAACCUCAGAAACUUCAAGACGAAUUUGAGGACUUCCCUGAUGAUGACUUAGAUAGUGUAAUGAAAGAUUAUGUUACAUAAAGCUUGAACAAGGUUGUUGUUUGGGUGAU